CUCUGAAGAGCAGCCGAAGUCAGCAGGGGAAGUCCAGCAGCGAGGAGUGGCUUUUGGAAAAGAUGGUUUCUAUUAAACCUCCGGCUCUGGUGCCGGUUUCCUGCGCGCAGGCUCUGCUCAGUGUGGGCUGCGUGGCUGUCGCCCUCCUCGCCUUCCUGCUGGUUCGUCAGCUCGUCAAGCAGAGAAGACCCCCGGGAUUUCCUCCUGGUCCAUCUCCCAUCCCUGUUAUAGGAAACAUUUUUUCUCUGGCCACCGAGCCGCACGUCUUUCUCAAGAAGCAGAGUGAAGUUCAUGGACAGAUUUUAAGUCUUGACCUUGGCGGCAUCUUGGCUGUAGUAUUAAAUGGCUAUGACUCAGUGAGGGAAUGCCUUUACCAUCAGAGUGAGGUGUUUGCUGAUCGCCCAUCGCUGCCUCUGUUCAAGAAAAUGACCAAAAUGGGAGGGCUUCUUAAUUGUAAAUAUGGCAAAGGCUGGAUCGAGCACCGUAAACUGGCUUGCAACUCUUUCCGAUACUUCGGCAGCGGCCAGAGACAGUUUGAAAGGAAGAUCUCAGAGGAAUGCAUGUUCCUAGUCGAUGCCAUUGACGAACACAAGGGAAAGCCCUUCAAUCCUAAGCACCUUGUGACCAACGCUGUGUCCAACAUCACCAACCUGAUCAUUUUUGGACAGCGUUUCACCUACGACGACAGCAACUUUCGGCACAUGAUCGAGAUAUUCAGUGAAAACGUGGAGCUAGCUGUUAGCGGCUGGGCCCUCCUCUAUAACGCUUUCCCUUGGAUUGAGUAUGUGCCCUUUGGGAAGCACCAGAAGCUUUUCCGCAAUGCUGCUGAGGUGUACGACUUUCUACUGGAGGUCAUCAAGGGUUUUUCUCAGGGCAGGGUGCCACAUGUUCCUCGCCACUAUGUUGAUGCCUAUUUGGAUGAGUUGGAGCAGAAUGUAGGUGACCCCAGUUGCUCUUUCUCCUAUGAGAACCUCAUCUAUUCAGUAGGAGAGCUCAUUAUAGCUGGCACAGAGACCACAACUAACACACUGCGCUGGGCCAUGCUCUAUAUGGCUCUUUACCCCAACAUUCAAGAGAGGGUGCACAAGGAGAUCGACAGUGUCCUGACCAAUGGACGGGCGCCCACAUUAGAAGAUAAACAGAAGAUGCCAUAUGUGGAGGCAGUUCUGCACGAGGUCCUCCGCUUCUGUAACAUCGUCCCACUAGGCAUUUUCCGUGCCACCUCCCAGGAUGCAAAAGUCAAUGGAUACACAAUUCCCAAAGGCACCACGGUGAUCACAAACCUGUACUCUGUGCACUUCGAUGAGAAGUACUGGACAGAUCCAGGCAUCUUCUUACCACAGAGGUUCCUGGACAGCAAUGGCAACUUUGUAAGGCGUGAAGCCUUCCUGCCAUUCUCUAUGGGGAGGCGUCACUGCCUUGGCGAACAGCUGGCCAGGAUGGAGAUGUUCCUCUUCUUCACCACUUUGUUGCAGAGGUUUCAUCUCCAGUUCCCUCCAGGAACAGUCCCCACUGUCACUCCCAAACUUGGCAUGACCCUGCAGCCCAAACCUUACUCCAUCUGUGCCAUCCGCAGGCAGCAGAAAAGCUCCUGCUCAGGACACACUCCUUAUUGCAAGUAGCAAACAGGAAGUUAUUACAGUAUGUGCAGCUGUUCCAGCCAGAAUUUUACUAUUUUGCACAGAAAUGCAACAACAAGAUACAUGUGCAUGAAACUGUAUCACUCUGGACUGCAGAGUCCUGUUCUGGUUCAUACAGUUUUUCCAAAGGACUUUCAGAGAAAGGAGUAGCUCUUUACAUAGUUAUUCAUUUAGUUUCAAGGUCUUUAACGUAGCAAUAUGCAUUUUUGCACAAUACUUUUAAGCAUCAGGAGAUGUGACGAGACUGUGAGCUGCAUUGACUCCCUGGGAACACGAGUGCGCUAUUGAUUUAGUUCCCAGAGUCUCUUGGAACUCAGAGAGUGAAAUGUCUAUGAACCUUGGUGUGGUGGCGAUGGGUUAGGUAUAUGUCAAUGAUUGAUAGUAAGUACACCUAUGAUGGUUCAUGGCCCUGCCUUCUCAGGACAGCUUCAGGUCAGACAGAUGACACCAGCAAUUUGAAAUAGGCCUAACAGACUUUCCAAGAAAAAGUUCUGCACACUGUGUAUUGGAGCUGGACACGGUCCAAGAUUUACGUCAUCUGGACUGACUCUGACCUUUCUCCAGGGAUAGCGCUUGAUGGAAAAAUCUUUUUCUUGGAAGACUAAUGUAACCCCUCCUGGAUUUCUAGAAACUGACUAUGCAACACUGGUUUCUGCCAAAUGGUGCUUAUCAGUACUGACAAAGUACUGCAUUUGUGUUUGAGGUUAAUAUUUGUGUGUCCUUUUUUAAAAAAAAUACUGAAGGUAUGACUUUUUUGUGUAUUCAUUAAGUCUUUUGUAAGAUAUUAACUUUUGACUAUUUCUUAACAGAUUAAACCAGAAUAUAAUGGUACAAAAAAAUCUCACCUUUAUCCCUGAUGUGUUGUCCACAUACUUAUGAUAUUAUCUUAAUGGUAAAUGGACUUGAGCUUGUAUUGCGCUUUGCAGUCUUCAAAGAAAACCUACCCAUUCACACACUUAUGGCAAAGUUUUUUUUUGUUUUUUUUUAAAGGUUUAUUUUUGGGCAUUUUGUGCCUUUAUUUGAUAGAGGAGAGGACAGUGGAUAGAGUUGGAAACAGGGAAGAGAGUGGGGAAGGGCCUCAGGCCAGAUUCGAACCCGGGCUGCCUGCGUACAUGGGGCGCGUGCGCCUUAUCCAUUCUGCCACCUGCGCCCCUACUGAUGGCAAAGUCUGCAAUGGACAACUGGCUAUCAGUAAAUGCUAAUCCCAUUCACACACAUCCAUACACAUUUACACACCACUGAUGCAGCAGUAGGAGCAAAGUGGGGUUAAGUGUCUUGCCCAAGGACACAUCGACAUGCAACUGCAGGGGAUCAAACCCACAGCCUUUCGAUUGCUAGACAACUCUACCAGCUUAGCCACAGUCGCCCCAUAAUCAGUCCAAAACAGCCUCAUGAUUUCCAGGAAGUAGGACAUCUUUAUACUUUAAACCUGCAGCCCCCCUGCCCAUAUUCUGAGUUUAUGUCUCCAUUUAGAAAUGCAAUCCACUCUCAGUACUCUCAGUUCACCAUUUUAUCGGCUGUUAUACAGUUGCUGUUGACAUUGCAGGUAGCUGGCUAAAUUUUCACUUUUCUAAGAAAACAACAUUGGAUCUUAACUUGUUUUUUUUUUUUUUUUUUUUUUUCAAAAAUCUUGUUCCUUUGAUGUUUUAAAUUGUACCAUAUCCAUGGACUGCCUUGGUUAGGGUCUGCCCCCCCCCAUCACUCUCUCAUCCCUAUUUCUGACUCUAAUUACUGUCCUCCUCUCUAGAAAUAAAGGCAUAAAAUCCCCAGAAUAUAGCUUCAAAAUGAUCAGGUGUUGAAUUUCCAACCCUUAUAAUGUAAAAAAUUAAAAUAAGAAAGACGUUAACAAAAUUAAAGGUACAAACAUCCUGUAAGGACAGGAAUCCAAUAACAUUGCAAAGGUGAUAAAUCAGCCAUAUUCUUUUUUUGUAAUCAGGCAGAACCAUCUUGCAAAGCUCCAAUCUUUCGAUUGUGUCCACACUGAGAAUGGACCAACCAAUAAGUAUCAUUUAAGGAGGACAAGGUGGUACAGGCCUGGUUUAGUUGUACUGCUCGCUGGUAAAUAAUGACGACUGGUGUAGUGAUUAGCUCUAAUGUAGCUACAGAAGCUGAUUUUUCAGAACUGGACAUUUCUUUAUUAAAAGAAGAGCAAAGAGCUGCACUGGAAGCUUUCUUAGCAUAAAAUAUGUUUUUUUUCUCAUUUCUCGACCGACCUUGUCAUGACUUUGUUUCACCUACUGGCUCCACUAACAGUUAACAACAAUAGUUAAUUCAGAACUGUGCAUGCCAACUACAUCAUACAUUUUGUUGCUUUGAUUGUCCCGUAAUGAUUGACAUGGAUAGAAUGUUUGUCCAAUCACCCUCCAAGGUUUUUUUUUUUUUUUUGCAAAGGCUGUGCCCCUCGUAAACAGACUAUGGGUAAUGCCCAGAUGAAUGUAAGACACAUCCCAUGCAAUGGAUAUAUGAAACAGCCGGGUUAGGAAUCCAUACAUUCUUUUACUCUGUUUCCCCGUGAUAAUGAGGCUACUUCUUUUUGUUUGUCUACAUCUCAAGAAAUUAACUAAUGGAAAAAAAAAACAUUGGCUUAUUCGUCUCGGAUUCCCAAGAUUAUGAGAUCCAUCUAUCCUAAAAACUGCUUAUCAUCCAAAGAUCGAUCCACUAUCUAGAUCAGUGGUUCUUAACUGGUUGGGAAUCAGGACCCACCCCAACUCUGUUUAAAAUGCACAUCAUUACAGAAGGAUUUUCUUCAUUAUCUUAGGAACAGCAGCUGUAUUAUCGAAAGAUGAGACAAAUAGUAGAAUUAUCAAGACAAAUACUGAAAUGUACUCAUUACUGUAGGAAAACAUAAGAAAUGAAUUUAUGAGUGUAUGAAUUUCUUGUAUAUCCACUUAGAGGUUCUAUACAUAGACUUUUUCCAACAUUUUUUUCUCUGACAUGUUUGUGACUCACUUGAAAUAGCUUUUGGGUCCAACCCACCAGUUGAGAACCACUGAUCUAUACUGCUUAUCAUCCGAAGCUUGAUCCGGAGGUGCAACUGGACUUGUUUUAAAGUUUUUGAAGAUGUUUUGCCUCUGCUUUGACAGGCUUCUUAAGCCUGGGGAAGGAGACGCAAAACAUCUUCAAGAACCUCAAAACAAAUCCAGUUGCUCCGCUGGAUCAGGUUUUAGAUAACAAUGACCCUGAUGAACGAGAACCUACACAGACAUUAUACUGGGGUCACAGGGGUCUGGAGCCAAUCCCAGCUGUCCCUGGGCGAAAGGUGGGGUACAGCCUGGACUGGUCACCCGUCAAUUAUAGGGCUGACAAAUAGAGACAAACAACCACUCAAACGGGCAAUUUAGAGACACCACUCAGCUGAAUGAGCCAGUUUUUAGUCUGUUGGAGGAGGCAGGAGUACCCAGAGAGAACCCAUCAAUGCAUGGGAUGAACAUGCAAACUCCAAACAAAAAAGGCCCAGUCCAAUCAGUAGCACUACUUUUAUGCACUAACCACUGAGUCACCGUGCUGCCUGAAAUAACAAGCUAAAUAAGCCAAUAUCUUAAAAAACAACCAGUUUACUUGUUAUAGUGGUAAAAAUGGAGUCAAAUAAAACAUAUGCAUAUGCACUUCUGGAGAGCACAGUUUAUAGACAGAGGAGAUAAUAUCAGGCUAAUGAGUAAAAACACUUUAAAGGUUUGCAA